CUACCUUUUAUAAAGUUAGUGCGCACUCUUAAGGCGUUACAAACGUCACAAACUAAUUAAGAUGGCAGCCUCCAUGACAGAAAUCGAAAAUACAUUCAUUCCAACAAAGCAGAUGGCAAAGAUGAUAAAAUUAAAUCAGACAGACAUUUUGUGCAGCCAUUUCAAAGACUAUGAUUUUAUAAUAGUAACUCAGUAUCAAAAACUGGGAUCAUUGGUUCAAGUAUCUCAAGAAAUUGUACUUGAUGAAAUCCACCAAGCCACACCAGUAUAUUCAACAAAAGUUCUUCUUGGAAAAGAUGAGCCUUUCACCCACGUACUGGCAAAAAACAUCAUUUCGGAGAUGCAAAUAAAUAAACCUAUUAUUCUGUCUAUGGCUUUGAAAGACACAAGUAUAGAGACAGUGUCAGUAAUAAAACAUUUAGUCAAGGAAUGUGUGAGCUGACAGUGGAAGGAUUGAAUUGAACACAACAAGGACAUAUUACAAGAAAACAUUUGGUUAAGGAAUGUGCGAGUUGACAGUGGAAGGAUUCAACUGGAUACAACAAGGAAAUAUUACAAGAAAACAUUUGGUUACGGAAUCUGUCAGCUGUCAGUGGAAGGAUUCAACUGAAUACAAAGAAAUGUUAAAAUAAAACAUUUGAUUGAAGAAUGUACGAGCUGACAGUGAAAGGAUUCAAUUGGAUACAACAAGGAAAUAUUAGGUUAACCAUUUGAUUACGGAAUGUGUGAGCUGACAGUGGGAGGAUUCAUCUGGAUACAACAAGGACAUAUUACAAUAAAACAUUUGGUUACGGAAUGUGUGAGCUGACAGUGGGAGGAUUCAUCUGGAUACAACAAGGACAUAUUACAAUAAAACAUUUGGUUACGGAAUGUGUGAGCUGACAGUGUAAGGAUUGAACUGAAUACAACAAGGACAUAUUACAAUAAAUAAUUUGGUUAAAGAAUGUGCGAGCUGUCAGUGGAAUGCAAUAAAAUAUGUUUUCAGUCAAGUGAAUGCACCAAGAACAUACUACAAUUCAUCUUCAGUGCCAUCUCCCAUGGCUUGAUAUUUGUUGAAACCCCAUCCCAUCCUCAACGUCGUAUGGCCCCGUGAACCCACUCACCUACACACAUACAUGGGCCCGUGAACCACCAUCACAAAAUGAGCAAACAAACAAACAAACAAUUAUAUGUUAAUUAUAUGUCCCAUAUGAUGAUGGUUAUUAUGGUUAUGACAUGUUCUCAUGUGAUGUCUCAGUGUGACAUCCUUGUGUACAAUAUUGACACUCUGUGACGUCAGUUUCAACGUUAAUUAAAAAAAUGUGUUCAAUG